CGGGGACGCAGCGGGACCUUCAGAGGCCCGAGCGCGGUCCAGAAGCACGAGGGUGCUUGAUUUUGUUUUAAUUGCUAAGCCACAAAGACUGCAGCCAUGUCUCUGGAAGACAUCCACAUGAACACCAAGGAUUUGCUUGAAAAAAAACAGUUAGAUGCUGGAGGAUUUGGAACUAUUUCUUUAUGCUUUCACAAGAAACAUGGAUAUGUAGUAUUAAAAAAAGUGUAUACAGGACCACAGCGCACUGAGUACAAUGUUUCCCUCCUUGAAGAAGGCAGGAUUAUGCGCAGACUGCAGCAUGACCGUGUGGUAAAGCUACUCGGUGUCAUUUUGGAAGAUGGAAACUACUCACUCGUGAUGGAGUAUGUGGACCGGGGGAACAUGAUGAAAGUGCUACAGAAUAUCUCACUACCUUUGUCAGUGAGAGGGCGUUUCGUGCUGGAGAUCACAGAAGGAAUGCUUUAUCUGCAUGAGCAAGGCUUUGUACACAAAGACCUAAAACCAGAAAACAUCCUUGUGGACAGAGAUUUCCACAUUAAGAUUGCAGAUCUCGGUGUUGCCUCCUUUAAGAGCUGGAGUAGGCUGACCCAAGAAGAAACUGUCCGACAGAAGCAAAUGAAGAGCACCUACCAGAACAAUGCUGGGACUCUUUUCUAUAUGGCCCCAGAGCAUUUACGCUGUGUUAAUACUAAACCAGUAGAGAAAUCAGAUGUUUACAGCUUUGGCAUUGUGAUCUGGGCAAUUUUUGCUAACAAAGAGCCGUAUGAAAAUGGUAUAAAUGAAACCCAGAUUUGCUUUGGCAUCAUUAAUGGAAACAGACCAGACAUAAAGGAGAUCAUUGAUAAAUGUCCAGUGGAAAUUAUUGACUUAAUGAAGCAAUGCUGGGAUGAAGAUUCAAAGAAACGUCCAACCUUUGCAGAAAUCACUGAAAGAUACAAACCAUUUUACUAUCAAAAUCUAGGGAAAAAUAUUGAAGAUGAUCUGAAGAAUUUAAAAAAAAUGUGGCCUGAGUCAAAUGAACUGCUGCAUAGCAUGGAAUCCCUUCAAAUAGAUGCUGUACCAGAAGAUACCAGCAAUGGUCAAGUAGAUCAGCCUAAUUCUCUACACAGCUCUCAAGGUCCCAUAGCCAGUGAGGUUAAUGAAGCCCUGUUUGCUGCUUCCCCUGAGAACCAGCCCAUUGAGAGCUGUGAGACUUCAUUUGCAUCUCCUAAUAAUCUGGAAAGAAAACUUCAGCAUGAAUACAACUAUCACGCAUUUGGGAGCCGGAUGGAUAAAGCAGCUCCACCUUCAGCGGAAUACUUUUCAGUAGCAUUGAGCCCUGGAAUUAUAGAGGAAAGGAAACUGAGAGUUUUCUCUGAUCCCUUUGCAAAGCCUUCUCCUACUUCUCAACAGAGUGAACUGUAUCCAAGAGCUGAAAAAGCAGGAUCAAACACUAAUCCAUAUUUCCAGGCAAACAUUGAUCCAAAUUUCUGGCCACAUGCAGCUGCAACAACACCGAAAUGGGGAAAUGCAGAUACUUUUUACGGGCCAAAUCCCAGCAGUCUUCCAAUAGGAAACCCUGUGGAUGCCUAUGGAUUAUCUUCAGCCAGUAGUAACUUUAGCCUAAGUAAACCUCCCGUGCCAGAAUCUGGACAAAACUCACAGCCACAAGCCAACGUAAACUGGUAUUCCAAGAAUUCAGACACAGAUACAGGCUACAGGGAUUCUACUUAUUUCACAAGAGGAACGUUUGCAUACUAUCCUAGUACAUCCCGAGUAAGCCCAGAUGAUUCAAUCAAGUACAACAUAAAUAACAGCUCUGGAAUUCAAAUUGGAUCCUACAAUCACAUGAAGAUUGAAGAUCAGAAUACACAUGUCAGCACUAGUCCUGUUGCUAUGGAAGCAAUUUACGCACAUUAUGAAGAAAGGGGUGUAUUUGACAAUACUACAGUCCUGACAGAAAAGCAUUUGAAUCUAGUGAGAGAAAAGCUGGCUAAGCAGUGGAAGCACUGUGCUCGGAAACUGGGCUUCAGUGAUCCCGAGAUUGAUGAAAUUGAUCACGACUAUGAACGAGAUGGACUAAAAGAAAAAGUUUACCAAAUGCUGCUCAAGUGGGUAAUGAGGGAAGGCUCUAAAGGUGCUACAGUUGGAAAACUUGCCAAGGCCCUCUUUGGCUGCCAAAGACUGGAUCUCCUUGGAAGUUUGAUGCAAAUCCAAGAAGAAUAAGUCUACUAAGAACAGACUUUCUAGAGCUCUCCUUUUUGCACAGACUUCUUGGAACAUUUUUUUUUUUACCAGUUUUCAGUGAUUAUUUCCAAUAAAUCAAAAGGUUCACGUCACAAUAUUUGGUUUCCCAAAGGAUAAAAGAAAAGCAGCAUCUUCCUCCCAAAUAGAACAAUUGUCCAAUGAUAAUAACAAAAUGCAAGACAAAUAUCAGUUCAAGAAGAAUGUAUUGCACAAAAUUUCUACAUUCUAAUCUUGAAACAUGUUAGUAGUCUUGUUCAGUUCUGAAGAUUGACCUACUGCUUGAAAAACUUGUAUAGAAACUAAUAAUAUGUAAAACCAACCCUUACAUUUUGCCAGA